AUGGCAGCUACUAUCAAAUCACUCGUUCUUAGCUUCUUUCUCGUCCAAGCUGUACAAGGUUCAAAGGACCAUAGCAGUCACAACUGCUGCCUGCACACUCCUGAAGGAUGGAUCCCCCGAAACGAUUGGACCAAGGCUGUCUGUGCUAUGCGCUGGGGUUCUGUCUGCAUCCAAAAGCCAGGAAAUGUUAUCAGCGGUGAUGACUUCUAUACUGCGUGCAAGCUGUAUGGUGCUACAAAUGGCUAUGGAGAUGACUGGGAGAAGGGUGCAGGAUAUCUAGAUAUGGAGUCGACAGAAUACGAUGUACUACCGUACGGAGGAUCAGUCGCAGAACUAUACGACACCGCUGCUGACACCAAAUGACAUAGAGAGCGGGAGCCCAUACCAAAUAGGGAAUGGGGUGCCAGCAUUGUCAUAUUUCAGCAGAGACUCAUCAUGAAGUUUGGUAGAAAGGUCCGACCCGUCGAAGCCCAUAACAUGCUUUACGUGGCAAGGUAUACUACCAUACCAGUACCCAAGGUCUACGCCAUCUAUCAGAGAAACGUGAAAGAGAAAACCAUCACAUAUAUUCUCAUGGAAUAUAUACUAGGAAAGUCGCUAGUAGAUUUGAGGGACGAAAUUGAUCAGACACGCAAGACAUCAAUUGCCCGUACACUUCGCUCAUAUUUCGAUCAGCUCCCACAAUUGUAGCACCCCGGAUACUUUGGCACAAUCCACGGUGGUCCACCAAUGCAAGACGACGUUACAGAGCCAUUCCAAACCGAAAAAGAGUUCGUCGAUGCUAUCAUUCGAUGAUACGCAAAUGAGCUUGGCCCAAGAGGAGCUCAC